UUCAUCAUUUAUGUUCUGUAUCUCCUCAGGCAUCACCACUCAGAACUAACAGCAGCCAAGCAAGAUGCUGAUGAUGUGGACACAGUCAAGUAUGCGAAAAAGAGACGCAUUGAGGAGAAUCAUGUUGAGAGUGCAUCAUAUCACAACAAAAGAGAAGCAACUCAGCUGAUGCUGCUUUGCGGUGCUGAUGUCCUCGAGUCCUUCGGGGUCCCCAACUUGUGGAAGGAGGAGGACAUCGCCGAGAUCGUGGGCCGCUUCGGCCUAGUGUGCAUCACGCGUGUUGGUGCCGACCCCCAUAAGUUCAUCAACCGGUCGGACACGCUGUGGAAGUAUCGCAAGAACAUCCACGUGGUGCCCGAGUGGGUGGCCAACGACAUCUCUGCCACGCAUGUGCGCCGGGCUCUGCGUCGCGGUCAAAGUGUUAGGUACCUGCUGCCAGACGACGUGCUUCGAUACAUACACGCCAACCAUCUCUAUAGUGCCGAGAGCGAGCAGAGCAACGCUGGUGUGGUUCUUGCACCCCUGCAGAAAUAUGCAGGUGACCCCUCCGGUUAAAAACCUUUGCAGUGAACGGACACUAUUUAUUGCAGCUUUGACGAGUGCCUAUUCCAUAACAUCUUUUGAUUUGGGCAUUUUUCAAAAUUAAAUUUCCCAUUGAGAUCAAUUUUAUUUGGGAUAUGAUUCAUACCAAAGUCCAAACUUUCAUCAUCAUUUUACCUUCAAUCAUUGUACAGACAAUAAUGAAUUGUUCAUGAACAAAUGGUAACAGAGAUGACUGGUCAUUACAUCCCUGAUGGACCGCACACAUUAUUUUGAUGGAUUGGCCUGGCACUUAUUUUCAGUCGAAAUGGAAUAAAACAGCCACCUAUUUUUUUCAACUUGGAAAAA